GGCGCAGGUGCGGUAAUGAGGAGAAACGGACGUACGCUAGUGAAAUUCGCUUUCAUUUCGGCUGGAGUGCUAUUGUUUCUCACGUUGCUCAUCCGGUCCUUCAGCGAAGAUGCAAAAACGGCGCUGAAUGGCGUUUUCGACAUGACAGCGUUAGUCCAAAAAGAGCCACAUGCAAGGGAAGGAUCGUUUUUCAACAUACCACCGAAGAAUGUGCUUCAAAAACGCAUUGAUUGGCACAAUUACGAUCUUAUUCAUGAGGAGGCCAAACGCAGCGGUAUCGGAGAACAAGGCAAGGCUGGCCAUUUGGACAAAACCGAAACCGAGAUGAAGGACAAACUGUUUAAAAAGAAUGGUUUUAAUGCGGUUUUAAGCGAUAAGAUUUCACUGAAUCGAUCACUUCCGGACAUACGCCAUCGCGGAUGCCGGAAGAAACAAUACCUGAACGAACUUCCCACCGUAAGUGUUGUUAUUCCGUUCUACAAUGAACACUGGAGCACAUUGCUAAGAACUGCGUCAAGCGUGCUGCUUCGCUCGCCGCCGGAGCUCAUUACUGAAAUUAUCCUUGUGGACGAUUGUAGCACAAAGGAUUUUUUGAAGCAGCAACUGGAUGAUUACGUUGCAGAAAAUAUGCGAAAAGUGAAGAUCGUUAGACUACCGGAGCGUUCCGGUUUAAUUACUGCCCGUUUGGCUGGGGCAAAAAUUGCCACGGCCGAUGUGCUUAUCUUCCUCGAUUCGCACACAGAAGCGAAUGUGAACUGGCUGCCUCCAUUGCUAGAACCGAUUGCCAUGGAUUAUCGCACCUGCGUAUGUCCUUUCAUUGACGUUAUCGACUGGGAUACGUUCGAGUAUCGGGCGCAGGAUGAAGGGGCUCGCGGUGCUUUCGAUUGGAAAUUUUUCUACAAACGACUUCCGCUGUUACCAAAGGAUUUACAAAACCCAACAGAACCGUUCGAAAGUCCGGUGAUGGCAGGUGGUCUGUUUGCGAUUAGUGUUAAGUUUUUCUGGGAGAUUGGUGGCUACGACGAAGGGUUGGAUAUUUGGGGCGGCGAACAGUACGAGUUGAGCUUCAAAAUAUGGCAGUGUGGUGGCAAGAUGUACGACGCACCGUGCUCGCGAGUCGGUCACAUCUAUCGUGGGUAUGCACCGUUUGGUAACCCGCGCAAGAAAGAUUUCCUAACUCGCAAUUACAAACGCGUUGCCGAGGUAUGGAUGGACGAAUAUAAAGAAUAUCUUUAUAUGCGCGAUCGGAAGAAAUACGAAAACACGGAUGUGGGCGACAUCUCACGACAGCUGGCAAUCCGCGAACGAUUGCAAUGUAAACCGUUCAAAUGGUUCAUGACGCAUGUAGCAUUCGAUCUAGUGGAAAAGUAUCCACCAAUAGAACCGCCAGACUUUGCGAACGGUGCCAUCCAGAGUGUCGCUAAUCCAGCCCUUUGCGUCGACACGUUGAAUCAUGGCGAAAAGCAAACCAUUGGUCUUUAUUCAUGCGCAAAGGAUAAGACACAGCCACAGCCUAAUCAGUUUUUCCAACUGUCUUGGCAUCGGGAUUUACGUAUCAAAUUCGGCGAACUGUGUUGGGACGUCUCGGAGAGUGUGCCUAAUGCCAAGAUUCUACUCUACCAUUGCCACGGUGGACAAGGCAACCAGCUCUGGCGGUACGACCCCGAAACGCAAAUGCUGAAGCAAGGCAAAAACAAUCGUUGCCUUGAUAUGGACCUUGACAAUCGGGAAAUAUUUGUAAAUCCGUGCGAUCUUGCUAAUCAGCGACAAAAAUGGCACUGGGGCUUCGUUAACAUGACCUCGAUAGCACAAUGGGAUUCUUAUGGCGCUAAGAUCAUCGAUUGAGCAAACCUCA